AUGUUCACGCUACCAGAUAACCCCUACGAAAUCCUCGGCGUUUCCAAGAAUGCACAGGUUCCAGAGAUCCGGUCGGCGCACCGGAAACUGGUGCUCAAAUGCCACCCGGACAAGGUAGCGGACCCAGCGCAGAAGGCCGCCAAGCAGGAGGAGUUCCAGAAGGUGCAGAAGGCAUAUGAGAUGUUGUCGAAUGAGAGCGAGCGGCAGAAGUACGACGACAUGGUGCGCGCAAAUGAGAUGGAGAAGGAGAACGCAGAACGCCGCCGACAGCGCGAUCGCGAGUUCACCCCAGGACGCACCCCGCCCCGGUACGACUCGGAUUACGCCCGGAGUCCGCACUACACGGUCCACGUCAAGGAUUCCGGCUCCUUCACGGUGCGCACGGCAGAGCCGAAGCCUGGUUUCGUCAAGUCGUCCACAUUCCCGGCCACCCACGGCAGCAAGAGCCCGUACACCAGCACACGCACCCCGCCCCGGUCGUUCGAGGACAACAUCAACUACAGCAGCUAUGAGGAGGCGCCCCGUGACUCGCGGCGGUCAAGGAAAACGUCGGUCGUCUACGACGAGAAGUCAUCGUCGAGGCAAGACGAUGAGAGGCGCAGGAGGAAGAAGGAGAAGGAGGACGAAGAGUGGGACCGUGCCCAGGAGAAGGCGGCCCGGAGGAAAGAGCAGGAGAAGAUGGAGAGGCGAGAGCGAGAGAGAAAAGAUGAAGAACGCCGCGAAAAGGAGCGCAAGAAGGAGGAGAAGCGGAGAGUCGAGAAGGUCCGUGAUCAGGACCGCAAACGCGACGGCGAGGAGAAGCGCUCACGCCACAAGACUCCCUACGUCGAGGAAGAUGAGCCCGUCAUCCUCAACGUUGCACCGCCGCCCUCCAAGUCCGACAAGAAAUCCAAGUCAAGCAGCCGCGUCAAGGAAACCGUGCGAGAGGUACGAGAAGUGCCGGCCGCUUCCGCACGUGAUGUCAAGCACUCCCAAACCCUCGAGUUUGCCGCGCAGUACCUGGACCGGAGCCGGAGCAAGGUUGCCCCUGGACUUGCUCGCGCGCAGACUUACCACUACAAUGUACGCAGUGCAUCGCCGCCGCCGCCGCCUGCCGUUGCCACACCGCCUCCCGCAGCUCAGAACGUGGCUCCACCCCCGCCGGGCCCAUUCCCCAAGCAGUUCUACGAGGAGGAGGACGACGAGCCCAUCCGGCGCUCGUCCGCCCGCCGCCGCAUGUCUCACGAUACGCCUCGCACCGUGAAGGAGAAGACGUCGUCGUCCUCCCAUAAGAAAUCGAGCUCUACCAGGGAGCCCGAGUAUGUCCCCGAGCCUAGCCGGCCAGUGCCGUCUUUCAAGAAAUCGGCAACAAUGCCAACGUCGUAUCAACAAGGCACACCUCCCAGCGUUCCCGAAUCGCCUCCGCGGGUCUCUCGGUCUCACACCGAGCAAUACCCGCGCCCUGGGCCUGGGCCUAUGCCGACUAUGACCCGCGCCCAGACCUGGAUGCCCGGCGACGUAGACGAUCCCCGGGAACGCAGUCGCUCCAGACAUGCACGUGCGUUCGUAGAGGAGGACUCUGAGGAGGAGCCACCCCCGCGCCGGUCAAGACGACACCGCUCGCCGGAUGAAAUACCUCGCGGAGGAGGGCAGCCCAGCACAUUCCGGUACACUGUCGCAAACGGCAAGACCGUCCGGUCGAGUGGGUAUCGCGAGGAGUCGCCCACGGGCCGCAAGAGCAACAAGCACUAUUACAUGCCCCCUGAGGCAAACACCGGCAGGCCCAUGGCGUAUCGUCCUGCGAUGCCCAGUCAUGACAGCUACGGCGGUUCCAAUCGGUUCUUCAGUACUGUCAAGACUGCGCCGGCUUACACCCCUGACGACGUUGCUUAUGGUGAGGUUCCUCACGCAGCUUACCGCGACCCAGUCUUUAGCCAUGGCUAG